AAAAUGGCGGACAGGCGUCAGCCCGCGCGCGAUCGGCGUAGUGAGCGAGUUGAGCGAGCAGCGGACGAUGAAGACAGUAGCGGCAGUAGCAGCAGUUCGGAAGGGCAGAGUGACACCGGUUCUAACUCCAACUCACUUAAUGCGUUUGCUAACGACGGUGGCUUUCUCGAGAGAUUCAAGCAAAUGCAGGAAGCCUGUAAGCUGCAAGCCGCUUCGCAGGAAGCGCCUCAGUUCGCUGUCCCGCGGUCCGACAGCGCCGACACCACUUCGGCGAGCAGCGAGAAAAGCGAACCCACCGAAGCGGACGCAGCCGCUACAGCCAAGAAACGGGCUCUCCCAUUCGUGGGUAAAAGAAGGGGUGGAAAAGUUCUAAAGACGGGAGUUGUCCACAAGCCGAAGGUUGAAGAUGAGGAGGAGCUUCCUAAGGAUGCCUGGUCAAGGUACUUGGCCGAAGUGCGCAAAUACCGAGAACGCUCAUGCGACGAUGAAGAGAAGACCCGGCCGCUCGUCAAGUGAUGAACGAAACGAGUAAUGGAGUGGGACAUUGCAACGCCCAUGGAUCCACUUGCCUACACAUGCUGCGCUUCAACUGCACAGGCACUCUUCUUAAUGGCUGCCAUCAAUACCUCCUAUUGCUGAGUUGAAGGAUGUAUGUCGAGUAAAGUUAACAAAUCUGCUAUGCAGCCUAUUGCUGUCAGCAGUCUAGCAAUGUCUCAUGUAAUUCGGCUGGAAAAACAUAUCGAUGGUUGACAGUGCAAUGUACCACAUAUUUAUACUGUACAUAUAUUACUGUAAUAAAAUUUGAUGAUGGGUGAGCAGCGUACAUUAGCAGAGCUUUGUAGUCUGUCUGGUUUUCCACUAAUGCAAAGGCGUAGAGUAAUACCGAAUAGCAUGUGCUGUAGCCACCACCACGUCAAGUGGCACUAUCUAUAGAGGGGGGCAAGAAACACAUAAUCCUGAGAUUCUAGGAGUGCCAAUCGCUAUGCCCACAGCAUUCAUUUGAGUAUGUCACUCGAAAACGGUGCCAAAACUAUGCCUUACUGUCAGAGCAUCAAGACAUGAAUUCAAAGUAAAAUUAAAGGCAUCUGCUUGAAACUAGCAAGCUACAGUGCACACGAUGGCCACUUGAUUGAUUCAAGGUUGAUGGCAACCGAUUUCGGCGGUGCGGCUACGCAAUGCAUUAUUUAUAGUAGUUGUGUUCCGGACAGACUAAAAACCUCUAGUGACAGUGUAAGUUCAAGAAGUUUGCUUGCAUAGGGAAAGUCAAGAUUCUGUCUGCAUUUUUGGUAGUUAUGCGUGAAUCGACAAUACUGAACUGAAAGAAGCAAUACUAGAUAUUUAGCCAAUAUGCCAAUGUAAUUUAGAAACUGUAGAACAGAUUCAAAUUCAUAAUGUAGGGCAAAAAAUGACAAAAUGGACACAAAAAACAACACGCCACUAGCGCUUGUAGUGUGUUGUUAUUUGAGUCUGUCUUGUUUUUAGCGCUGCGUUAAAAAUUUGACCCGGCACCAAUUAGCCCAGGAACAAGUCCUUCUGCCGAACAGUUUGAUAUUGACUUUUAUGGGGCAGGUUGUAGCACAGAAUUUAUUGAAAUUGAGCAUCUGUUUCAUUUAGUAUGUGAAAUUCAAUUUUCUUCAUUUGAGUAUAUAGGCCUUUGUAAAUUUUUUAAAUCUUUAAUUCUGAGAGAGUGCAUGUUGCGUUACAACAGGUGCUGGCAACGUCCCAUUUCAAAUGGACUGAGCUGUCUUGAAACAGAACUUCUUUAAAUAUAUGCAGUUAGACAUUCUAGAGAUUGCAGAAAAAGCUGGAGGCAUUGUUCCAAAUAAAUCAGAAGUGAGCUGUCUUACUUGAUAAAUAAAAUUUCAUCGGAUAUUCAUGGCUGGACAUCCUAGAGACUGCUUUUUGGUGAGAAGGUGUAUGUAGGGAAUGUAGCACAGCAGUUUUCAUGAUUUCCUGUGCAAUUCUUCUCUCUAUUUUCACUCCUUCCCAAAUGCUGAUUGUGUUGCGUCACAGUGAAUGCUUAUAGCAUGAAGCUCAUGCUGUAUGAGGCUUUGGUUUUUCAAACUGUGUUCAGGCACUUGUGGUUGACCUUUUUUUUUCCCCACAAAUUAUUAGUCUGGCUGACAUUUCUUUUUUAAGAGGGAGAAGGAGGCUCCUAAAAAUGGUCUAGCAUGUGCUCAGCUUGGUAACUGUGGUUCUCAAUUUCUUGCAGGUUUAAUUUAUCAUUAAAUGGUACUUUGCUUUCUGUAAUUUUUUUGUGUAAUGCUGUCUGGCUCAACUUGAUUUUUUAGGUAAAUUGUCAAGGUCUUCUGUGAACACGCACAACCAUUCUUACGUCAUUUUGCAGUGUAAAAGAAAAUAAAUUUGACAGUGACUAGAAUUUAGGAUAGUGCUUGGUGCGGAAGGUAGUUAAAGAAAGAUGCGACUUGACAUGUGCUUAAUUAUGUAAUGUUCCGAACGGCUUGCCCAAGGCAAUAACUGUCAAUUUGGUGGUUAGUGUAAUUGUUUGUAUUCAUGUUGCAAUCAUUGUAAUUGCAGCAACAAUUUCAGUGUUAUCUCUUGUAGCGGUUCAGGUUUGUAAAAGCAACUAUAUUAUUGCACUAGCUUUGGCCAGCUUUUCAUUAUAGCUUUCUAAAUACUGGCAAUUGAGCUAUCUAUAUUUUUGAACAAGUUAAAUGGAACAGAGGUUGGGCAUGGUCUGCGGAGAAAGUCGCUAGAUUCAAUCUCUGGGAGAACAUAUGAGAAUAUUUGUAGGCCUGCAUCAAAUACACGCCCCGUAAUACUGUUUAGACGCUGAGCUGGUAAAGCAUGUUAACUUCAUCCUAAACAUUCAACUUAGCAGUGCCUGUUCUUUAUCUGCGAUCAAAUCUUUGCAUCUGCACUGGCAGCUGCAAACUGCAGGUGAAAGUUUACCUAACCAAUGGGGAUCAUACUGGGCACAUGAACUUCCAAGAUUAGCACAUCUAGGCAGUUUAAGUGCUUUUGUUUUGGAACCAUGGGAAGAUUGGGCACUUCCAGCUGAAAAUCACAAGUUCAGUGUGGUCACAUUUUGAAUGGGUAAAUAAGAAUUUUUGGCAGUACGAGUGAGGAUCUUGGGCAGCGUAUCCUUUUUUGUAUUUCAACUCGUUAAGCAGUUAAAGCAUACCAGAGCAGCAACCUACCAAAAAGUAUUCUGAAAGCUGUUUCAGCAAUGCCUGUUUUUAACUCGCAUGACCCACUAGCAGUUAUGCCUUGAGAAAACCUGUGAGAAAACACAAUUUUUACUUUUUGUGUAGAGUUAAUUUUGAGGAAAAUGAGUGAAAUUUUAUUUGAGGCAAAUUAGUUGUUAAUAAAAAAUAAUUACAGGUAUAGCUCAGUGUAACUUUAUUAUAACAUGUUAGGUAUGUAGUAUUUUAUGAAUAUUUGACAAGUUUAUAGUCUUUUUUGAAACAUUCAUAGUAUCAAAUAUGAUUUAGUGGGCAUUACAGGGAUGCUGACAUUGCCAGAAAUAUUAAGAAAAUUAGCACUAGACUUGAUUGACCAAUUGAAAAGGCAUUAUUCGCAGACUAAUCUCCAGCAGGGCCACAAAACAAUGCACACGUGAUUACUUUGAUUUAAGUUUAGUUUGUCAAUAAGGGCACUGGUACUGAUCAGCAGGACUAGUUUGAUGUGUAUGGACUGUACAGUACUCAUCAUUUCUUUAGUGUAACCACUGAGUGUGCAUAAAUACUCGCUGUAACCACAUCAUGUGGUAAAGAAACGAUAAUGUUCACUCGUAUCUAUGCAUUUGAGGUGAAAUCACUCUGAUAUGAUCCAUAGUGAGUACGGUGGAAACGAAAAUAUCUGCGCUACUUAGCCCUAAAUGCUUCUUUUUAAUCUGCGACUACUGCACAUGUGAUGCUUGCUAAAAUUUUUAAAUCGAAUGCAUUAAACAUUCGGUAUGAGUAAACGAUUCAGUGUUUCUGGUGUGCUGAAUGCAACUUUCGUAAAACAGCACUUGCUGUGUACACAUGUUGUGUGCAAAUGAGUGCUAUGUCUAUGGCAUGCUUGUUAUCGUUAUACUUGUAUGUCUCGAGAUACCCAGUUUGAAUGUACAGGAUCAAUAAAAGCUCUACUUAUAAGAUGCCA